AUGGUGUCAAUAAUAAAAAAGCAACUGUUGAAACAUUUAUCAAGGUUUACCAAGAAUUUAUCUGCAGAUAAAAUAAAUUUAAGUACAUUUAAAGGAGAAGGUGAACUAACAAACUUAGAACUUGAUGAAACAGUUUUGACUGACUUAUUAGAAUUGCCAUCAUGGCUUAGAUUAACAAAUGCUUGGUGCAAUAAAGUUUCAUUUCGUAUACAAUGGACCAAGUUAAGAAGUGUUCCUAUUUUUUUGAGUUUGGAUGAAGUUCAUAUAGAAGUAGAAACAUGUGAAGAUUUAAGAGAUCUAUCUUCUUCGCAAGGACUAUCUUCAUAUACUGGUCCUGCAAAAUAUUCUUUCAUACAUAAAGUAAUUGAUGGUAUAACAGUGAAUGUUAAUACUGUAUCUGUCACAUUCAAAAGUCCUGCAUUUAUUGCUUCAGUUCAGAUGAAUCGUAUUAUUGUGGAGUCAAAGUCUGCAACGUGGCAACAGUGUGAUCUAAGAACUACUAGAGUAAAAGAUCCUGAUCGUGGACAGUUACUUAUUUUUAAAGAAUUAGAAUGGCAAACGGUUAGAAUAGAAGCACAAAGUACUAAGGAUAAAAAUCUUACGCCGUUACGUUUACUUACAAAUCAAGCAAGGUGUAGAAUUACCAUCAAAAAAAGAAUAUCAGAUUGUUUUGUUAUGGGAUCAAGACUGAUUCUUAUAUUAGAUGAUCUCUUGUGGGUUUUGACAGAUUCACAGUUGAAGGCAGCACUUCAUUUUAUUGACUCUUUAGGUGGUCUGAUAGAAAAAGCUACAAUUUUAGAACGUAAAACUAAAGCAGCUAGAAAAUUAGAGGUAUUGCCAGAGUAUCAAGCACAAAUAUCUCAGCAAUCAAGAACAAAAAAUCAGUAUAAUACUGUUAUCUCUAAAAUCUUUACAAGACAUGAUGUUGUGGAAACAUCAUAUCAUUUUGUUUGUCAAAGGAUUGAUUUGCAUUUAUGUGAUGAUGCUGGUAAUGGUAGAUCAUCUCAUCCUGACCUAAAAGAUGGUGGUGCACUACAAAUUUCAUUAGUUAGAUUUCAAAUUGAUUAUUAUCCAUAUCACUUAGCAAUGGCUGAUAGAAAGCAUUGGCUUAAGUAUAGAGAGAAUGCUACUCCUCACAGCCAAUGGUUACAGCAGUCCUUAAGUUCUUUUCGAAGUCAGUUCAUGGAUCUUAUUGAUUCUGGUAGAACACAGCAUUCUCCUUUAACUAGAAGUCAAGGAAAUGUUACAGUCAAUAAUACAAAAAGUUUAGGAGAAAAUUUGGAAAAAGGUAAUCAAUCUCAAAAUGUAAAUACAACUACUCAUGAGCAAAAAAAAUCGCAACAUCCUAGUGGCAAUCCAGUGAAAAAUUAUAUUUUGGAACAACUUGCUAAAUUAAUGACAACAUGCAUCAUAAUAAGGAUUGAUGAUUUUACCUUGUACAAAGUAACAACAACAUCUCGUAAUCCUGUACCAAAAGAAUUUGUUACAGCUCAAACAAGGAAGAAACACGCAUCAGGUGACAGAGAUAAAUUUUGUCUCCCAGAAGAUGUUACAAUUGUUCAUGCUGAAUUUACAUACUAUUAUUAUCCUGGAGAUAUUACAUUUCCAUUGCCACCGCCAAAAUUUUAUGUACAACUAAAUCCCAUCCAAGUAAAUUUUGACAUCUGUUCCUGUUUAUGGUUUAAUUCUUUUGUAUUAAAUUUAUAUCGUUCUCUGAUGAAUAAAGAUAAACAAGCAACAUAUACUUCCACUACUUUAAUGUACUUUGAUGUGAAAAUUGAAGCUAUACUUCCAAGGAUAGUUUUCGAAAGUCAACAAGAUUAUCCUAAUCAAAAGGAUAGGCCAAAGUCUUUACAUAUUCAGACUUCAAGAGCAUCAAUAACAAAUGUUCGAUCCACAGAAAGAUCUUCAAGAGCAGAUUUAGCACAGUGUGUAAAUGCUUUUCAAAUGGGUCAGAUGUUCUUCGGUACGGAAUUUCCAAACAGAUCGACUGAUUUUCAUGUCUUAUCAGACAAAUUUUUGGCUCAUUGUGGAGGAACUGAUAAUAUUCGUUAUCCACCACCUAAUUUUAGUAGUAAUUCCGUAAAUGAAUUAGUUCGUCAAUUACAUCGGGAACUUUUAUGGACUGAAGCGAAAGAUGUAUGGUGUUGUAAUCUAGAACCUGUUUGGGGAGAUUUCCUCGGUGCUCGUGCUGUCGGGCAAAAUCGUCCUGUACCGUUUCUGGAUGCUUUUCCGUUAACUUUAUGGUGCUAUAUGUCUAUGAAUUCAUUAGAAAAAGAUUCAUUGGGGCAAAAAUGUACUGCUGACAUUCAUGGUCUCGCGUACAUAAGUAAUUUAGUUAGUGUCCAAAUAAAUCAUUAUCAAUAUUUGUUCUUGUUGAGACUGUCGGAAGUUCUAUCAGAAAUGGCAACGUAUCUAACUAUCGACUCUAAUAAAAUAUUAAAGGUCGAUUCUGACAGCUCACUCGUUAUUGGUGCACUAAUACCGCAAGUAGAAGUAACAUUUGUUAUGCCAUCACACACUCCUGGUAAAGAAAAUUCUGGAGGUGAUUUGGAAUCUGUUAUGCCAGAUUCAUCUAGCAUUGCAGAUGACAUUGCAGGUACAUCUAUUCCAUGGCAAAACACAGAACAAGUUGAGAGUAACACUAAAAAGAGUAAUAUAAAUUAUGUAAUUGUUACACCUCAAAGUGACAUAUCAUCGAUGAUGUCAAUGGAUUUUGCACAUCCUAUCAAUACUGCUCAAACUGUCACCUUUAAACAAAAUGGUACAAAUAAACCAGAUCUACAAAUAAGGAAUGUGACACAUGAUAAACAAUGCAUUGGUAUAGAAGAAGAGAAAGUACUACCUAUUUCACGAUAUUCUAUUGAUACUAUGCAUAAACACAGUAAAGGAGAUUCAUCUUCAAUUACACCAUUUAUUCCUAAUAAUUUCAAUGUUGGUCUUUCUUCUAUGAAAAAAGGAUUGAGUAAUUUAAUGACAUCUAUUGAUUCAGCUUUGAAAGCUUCACCAGAAGAUGGUAGUAGUGAUACUGUGUCUAUAAGGAGCGAUGUUAGUUCUGAUAGUGAAAACUACAUUUUAGUUAAUCUUCAAGAUCAGGAAAAAUUGGAUACAAUGUUUUCUGUUGAUAACUCAAUCAGAAUAACAGCAGUAGAAGAAGCAAGUGAAGUAGUUGAAGAAAUUCCUGAUACCCAAAGUGAAAAAUCCAUGGAUAGUGUUUGCAAACGGAAGGAUAUUGUAUCUAUGGUUACAUUCAAAUUAUCUAAAGUUGAAUUUAUUCAACAAUCUUCUGGAUAUGCAUCUUCAAUCAAAGUUCAAAUUUUUAAUAUUGGUAAUGAUGAAUGUUCAUCUAUUCCAUGGGAUGAAUUUCAGGUCAAGAGAAAGACAAAAUUCAGUGCACGAUCUCGAGGUUGGGUAGAAUUACUUUCUGAUUCUAACAGUAGAUCAUGUAUUAAAUUACGUUUGGAUCACGAUUUGAAGUGCCAGUCAGAUUCUUGGAAACUGUCUCAAGCAAGUCGAAUUAUAAGAAAUAAAAAUAUGCAUUUAUCACGGAAUCAAAAUCAUAAUAAUUUAGUUGAACAAGAAUUAGACGUCUCCAGUAUUGAUGUACAUAAUAAACAAAGUGUUUUAAAUUUAUUUGAAGACAAAUUAGAAGUUAAAGUUACUAAUAUAUCAAUGGCCUUGUCUAUGAGUUCAAUAAGUGGGCUUACAGACUUAACUGAAGAUGAAAUUAUUCCUAGGCCAAUACCACUGCAGAUAUACUUGGAGAAUAUAUCAUUGCGUUUAAAUGAAGAUCGUCCUCCGAAUAAUAUAACUUCGCCAGGACCAAUUCCUAUAGAUCUAAAUAUUACAAAACUUAAAAUAGUACGAGAUUUCAAUGGAGUUUUUCACAUUGAACCAGUUGUAAAUUUGUUGAGCAAGAGUAAUUCCCUUGUGACACUCACAAAUAGUGAUACUCAUAUAGCUCAAAAUACCAAUCAUGGAAUGGAAUUAAACAUUUUGAAACAGUCUAAUAAACAGUUAGAGUUAGAUAAUGAACAACUUCGACAUCGUCUCAAUGCUUUGGAAAAAUUAUCAGAAGAAAAUACAAAAUUAAUACGUAUAAAAGAAGAAUCUGACGUAAUAAAAUGUCAUUUAAGUGCAGCGCAAGAAGACAUACAAUUGCUUCUGAAAGAAAAAAAAGCCUUGCAAGAAACAAUAACAGAGCUUCAAAAUCGAAUAAUUGGAAGUGGCCCAGGCAGUGGAACUCGUGCAUCUUGGUCAUCAAAGAGAUAG